AUGGCUCCAUCACUGGUCGAACAGGUCUCUGUGGACAAAUUGGGUCCUAAUGAGUUCGUCUCCAAAGCACUGCCUAUCCACAUGGGCAACGCAUCGCCCAUGGCCUACGGUGGAUGCGCCCUAGCGAUUGCGAUGAGCGCCGCGUAUGCCACCGUGCCCGAGUCGCUUGUUCCGUACUCCAUGAUGGGCCACUUUCUCGGGCCCGCGUCCACAGAUCGCAAGUUGUACGCUUCAGUCACGCAGACGCGGAACGCCAGGUCCUUUGCGACUCGGCGCGUGGAGAUCAAGCAGAAGUUGGACAACGGCAACUUUCGAAGCUGUCUAGAGGCCAUGAUUGAUUUUCAGAUACGUGAGCCCUCGCUGUUUGAAUACUCCACGCCUACCUGGGAUCGAUGGCCGAAGCCAGACGAUUGUCCUUCCCUUCUGUCACACGCCGAGAGCCUCAGGGCGCGAGGUCUCGCCACACAACAGGAAGCCGACCACUUUGCCAAGACAUUCAGCGCGAACGCUGAGCUGUUCGAAUCGAGAUACUGCACAAACGGCGUGUCUGGGCAGAACCUGGGAGGUGUCGCGAAACAUGCCCCCACGAUGCAAGACAACCUGCCCAUCACGUACAGGACGUCGGCCGAGUGGCAGCGAGCCCUCUGCGAGCUCAAGACGCCGGCUGAGAAUUUUGCCGCCUUGGCCUUCCUGAUGGAUGCGGCACUUUCGUUCUUGCCGCUCACAUUCAUGAACAUGUUCCUCGACGACGUCGGUGCGUGCGCGAGUCUGGACUUUGCGUUGCGCAUGUUCGUCGGGGACCUGAGACUGCAGGACUGGCUCUUGAAGGAGAGGUCCACCUCCAGGGGAGGUGAGGGCAGGACGUAUAGCGAGGGGAGGUUGUUUGAUGAGCGUGGGCAGAUGGUCGCUUCAAUGACACAGCAGAGCAUCAUGAGGGCGAAACCUGAUUCGAGCAAGUCAAAGAUCUAG